CGGAAGAGGUGCGGCCACGGCCUCCGUGCGGCGGGAUGGCGGCGGUGCCGCGGUGCGGGGGGUGGCGGCGGCCGGGGGCCGUCCCGCUGAGACUGUUGGCGUUGUUGGCGCUGGCGGGCGCGGCGGGAGCCGGGCAGCUCUCUAAAUGGCGGGUCCCGGUGCCAAUGGGGAAGAAGUUCUUUAACUUUGGGAAGAUUCUCUUCAGCAACACCACCAUCUUUCUGAGAUUUGAAGGCGAUGAGAAGUCUUGUGAUCCCUCCCAAGGCUACAAUGUUACGUGGUACUUAAGAUAUUCUGAUUGCUACAAUGAAGUCUUCAACUUUGGGGAAGAACAGGCAGAAAGUUAUUUUGGGACUACGUCUGAAGAGCAUCCAGGCUGGUCAGGGUACUAUGCCACAUCUUCUCUCGUCUUUCCAAAUUGCUCCAAGCUGUUCAAGCCCCAGGUUUUCUAUAAAGAAUUUGUUCAUCCAGAGCCUCUCUCACCUGAGAAACAAGAGGGCAUGAAAGAUAAGGCAGAGAGUGAGGGAAAUCGCACGAUGGUGGCAGAUAAAACUACAAUGAAUGCUGUUAUUAAAACUUGGAGAGAUGGGCCGUAUAUAUUUAUUGUGCAAAUUGGAGUUACAGCUCCGAAAGAUUCUGCUAACAAACUUAAAAGAGCGGAGAGAACAACACCUGCCUCAAAUCCUAAAGAAAAGCUCUUCACAAUGACAGUAGAACUCAAGGGGCCAUAUGAGUAUCUAUCACUUGCAGACUAUCCUCUGAUGAUUUUUUUCAUGGUGAUGUGUAUUGUGUACGUAUUCUUCGGAGUUCUGUGGCUUGCAUGGUCAGCCUGUUACUGGAGGGAUCUCCUGAGGAUCCAGUUCUGGAUUGGUGCUGUUAUCUUCCUGGGGAUGCUUGAGAAAGCAGUUUUCUAUGCAGAGUUCCAGAACAUCCGCUAUACAGGGGAAUCUGUUCAAGGAGCACUAAUACUGGCAGAACUGCUUUCCGCUGUGAAACGUUCACUGGCUCGAACUCUGGUCAUCAUAGUCAGCCUGGGAUAUGGAAUAGUCAAGCCUCGUCUUGGGGUUACUCUUCACAAAGUAGUUAUGGCUGGAGCCCUUUAUCUAUUAUUUUCUGGCAUGGAAGGUGUUCUUAGAGUCACAGGGUUUUUCUAUGACACUCUGGCUCUGAUAGCAAACUUGGCCCUGUCCAUGAUUGAUGCCUGUAUUAUUUUGUGGAUAUUCAUCAGCUUGACUCAAACAAUGAAACUGCUAAAACUUCGAAGGAAUGUUGUGAAACUCUCUUUGUAUCGGCACUUCACCAACACACUCAUCUUGGCAGUAGCAGCAUCCAUUGUAUUUAUUAUCUGGACUACCAUGAAGUUCAGGCUGGUGGACUGUCAGUCGGACUGGCAGGAGCUAUGGGUGGAUGAUGCUAUCUGGCGCUUACUGUUCUCAAUGAUCCUUUUUGUCAUAAUGAUUCUGUGGAGACCUUCUGCUAACAACCAAAGGUUUGCUUUCUCACCACUGUCUGAAGAGGAGGAGGAUGAUGAGCAGAAGGAGCCAAUGUUAAAGGAAAGCUUUGAGGGAAUGAAAAUGAGAAGUACAAAGCAAGAACCAAAUGGGAAUGUAAAAGCAAACAAAGCUCAGGAGGAUGACCUGAAGUGGGUAGAAGAGAAUGUUCCUUCUUCUGUGACUGAUGUUGCUCUUCCAGCUCUUCUGGAUUCAGAUGAGGAAAGAAUGAUUACACACUUUGAAAGGUCCAAAAUGGAAUGAAGGAGGAGGCUUUUGCUAUUGGAAUUGGAGACAUCUCUUUUAAAGUUGCUUGGUGGAGCAAGUACAUCCUGCUGAUUUGUUUCUUGAUCUCAGUCUUGGAAGUUUGACACUUUAUUGUCACGAGGGCAUCUUGCUGUGAAAGAACUUCACAAGGACACUGAUAAAUCUUUUGGAAAUUUUCAAAUUGCGAAGUUGCUGCAAGUUUGGAUUUUUAAGCAAUUUAAAUGUGUACUAUUCCAGCACCUUCUGUAACUUUUUUCAAAUAUUUAAUCUGUGAAACUAAAAUUCCUAAUGUCUGCUUGAGGAGUUUAUAUUUUAAUGUUACAAUUGACACUUAGAGGUGAAUUGCCUUUACCUUUUUUGGUGGAGGGUGGCAACAGCAGGAAAUAAGCACUGAAGAAACAACAGACCCAUUUUCUGGUAGAUAAGGGCUUAUACUGUCAUGUUGUGUGUCCAACAUUAAUGAAAGGUUUUAGAGAGAAGCUCCCAUUGAUGAAGAAAAUUAAGAAAGGAGAUAUUUGGAAAAGUUACAGUGAUAAGAGUUUUAAAUCAAGUGCAAUUUUAUUCAUAACACUGUGUAAGAAAGAUUUUCUAUUUUAAAUGCCAUUGACCUAUAGGUAACAGUUGCGUAGAGCUAACCCUUGCUGUUAGCAAGUUGGCACAUCUCAUUGCCGGCAAUGUGGUGGUUGCCUGGAAAAAAUUAUUCGCCCCUACCUUCCACGUGUUGCAUGGUUUAAUUCAAAGGGAAACAAAAUACCAAAAAAACAACAACAACCAAACUCCAGACACACUCCUGCAGUGUUCCACAAUUGCUUGACUAUUCAUGUUAAGCAGCUACUUAAGCAAACAUUUCAGAAAAAACUUUCCUCCAUGCAAAUCUCCCCCCAAGAAGUCGGCACUCUUCUAAGAGAAGAUGGUAUUGCUUCCUAGAGGGUGUAGGCACUGCUGCACCACGAGGCCUUGAUGGUGUACACAGUGCUGGGAUAUUUUUGUUUCCAGUGUCUGUUUAGAAUUGCCUCGCAUGUUAACAAUUUUAAGAUGGGCUUUCCUGUUACAAUUGAUCCUUGUAGCCAAGAUCAUUGUGUUUAAGUCAAACUAGAAAUUUUCUAUACAACUGAUGUUUUUUUGUUUGUUUGUUUGCUCCUUUUCAAAUGAAAAAGAGCUUUUUGACAGUUUUCUAUUUAUACUCUGUUCUUGGUUGUGGAGGCUUUGCAUGCAAAACCUUACACAGGGAAGCCCAACACAGACUGUAUGACAAAAGCUCUUAAUUUGGAUUCAUAUUCUUUACAUCUGAUGGUUACCAGGUAAGUGUCAGCACAGCUAGACUUCUAGGGAGCUGCUAGACAAACCUCUGUGAGUACUGGCUUAGGGAGUUAGCUUUUCUUGUUCUUAGCUCAUAGCUGUCUCAGCAGAAGUGAAUGUGUGCCUGUACUUCAUUCAGCUGUGAAGUCUAAUAGCUUAGCUCUUGUUCAUCAGCAGCAGCAACUUAUACUGGCUCAUGGCACUUUACAGUAGAGUAGCUGAGGUGCAAGUGCAUAGUGUCUUCUGUCAGCUGUGCUGUGAAGGCAGUAAAUCCCAAGCAGAUGGGCAGAGAAAAAAGGUGGGGCUAUUACAUUUGACUCUGCUUCUGCAAGACUUGUUGUGGCAUACUUCUUCCAGCCCUUAUAGGCCACAGAUACAUGCUGUAGAGUCUUUAAUUAGAAAACACUUCAACUUUUAAUUUGCUAUGCUUAAUUGAUUAAAAAAUGAAACAAACAUGACCUCCAUGCCCUUUUGGGGAGAAGAAAUUUUGUGAAAUAAAGCUAUUUGUCAAUA